CUCCCUUCCUCCGGGGCCGUCCCCUCCGCCCGGCCCCGCCCCUUGACUGCGCCCACCCCCUCGGGAGCCCCCGCGCGCCCCGGCGCCCCCUCCCGCGGGCGGCCGCCCACUCUCAUUUCCGAGCCGGAGUCUGGGGAAAGGAAACCGAAACUGACCAGGCCUCCAGCGGGGCAGGAGCGGGGGAGGGCGAGACACUCCCUGGAGGCCCCCAGCCUAGGGACCGGCCACCCCUCACCUGCCCCCCGCCCUCUGUCCCUCGGAUCCUUCUAGAAACGGGAGGGGGGUGAGGGUCCAGCUCCAGUGGUCCAGCCUUGGGGACCCGCGGACAGCAGAGACACCCUGGCAGAGGGCCCACACCGGGCGCGCACAGCAGAGUCUGUUUCGUUUCCCCGCGGCCAGGCAGGUGGGCGGACCCACAGCCGCCUGCCUCUAUAUAGGCGCAGCUGGCUGGACCCUUCAGUCACCCAGCUGGACCCACUGCAGGAGAGGAGAGGCGCCUGGACCCCUCAGGGCAGCCACCCAGAGACCCCAGGCCAGGUGUGAGGACCCCAGGCGAGACCGGGAAAUUCCUGCACCCCUCCCCGCCCCCACCCACGCGGAAGCAAACAAAAGAAAAAAAAAAGAAAAAAAGAAAAAGAUGCCUCAGGCUGAAGAGACAGAUACAGAGACCCCUUCCAGCGCUGAGUGUGAAACUCAGGAGAGCGACCCAGAACUCAUGGAGGCGAGACUGACUGAGGAGAAGUCACCAAAACUCGAGAACAGCCUGAGCGCCCAGUAUGAGGAGAAGGUGCGCCCGUGCAUCGACCUCAUCGACUCCCUGCGGGCGCUGGGCGUGGAGCAGGACCUGGCCCUGCCCGCCAUCGCCGUCAUCGGGGACCAGAGCUCGGGCAAGAGCUCCGUGCUGGAGGCCCUGUCGGGAGUGGCCCUCCCCAGGGGCAGUGGGAUCGUGACAAGAUGUCCUCUGGUGCUGAGGCUCAAGAAGCUGGUGGGGAAAGAUGCAAAGUGGACAGGGACCGUCAGCUACCUGGACAAGGAGAUCGAGCUCCAGGAUGCCUCCGAGGUGGAAGGGGAAAUCCGCAAAGCCCAGAACGUCAUCGCCGGGGAAGGCGUGGGCAUCAGUCAGGAGCUGAUCAGUCUCAGGGUCAGCUCCCCCCAUGUCCCGGACCUCACCCUCAUAGACCUGCCCGGCAUCACCAGGGUGGCCGUGGGCGGCCAGCCAGCCGACAUUGGGUACCAGAUCAAGCGUCUCAUUGGAAAGUACAUCUCCAAAGAGCAGACCAUCAACCUGGUGGUGGUCCCCUGCAACGUGGACAUCGCCACGACCGAGGCCCUGAGCAUGGCCCGGGAGGUGGACCCCGAGGGAGACAGGACUAUCGGCAUCUUGACCAAGCCAGACCUGGUGGACAGAGGCACCGAGGACAAGGUGGUGGACGUGGUGGAAAACCUCGUGUACCACCUGAAGAAGGGCUACACGAUCGUCAGGUGCCGGGGCCAGCAGGACAUUCAGGCGCAGCUGGGCCUGGCCACGGCCCUGGAGAAGGAGAAGCUCUUCUUCCAGGAACACCCGCAGUUCAGGAGGCUGCUGGAGGAAGGACGGGCCACCAUCCCCUGCCUGGCCGAGAAGCUGACCUCAGAGCUCAUCAUGCACAUCUGUAAAUCGCUGCCCACGCUGGAGAAUCAGAUCAAGGAGAUGCACCAGAAGGCCAGCGACGAGCUGCAGAUGUUAGGGACCGAAGUCCCGGACGAUGAAAACGAGAAGACGUUCUUCCUGAUCAGCAAAAUCAACGUGUUCAACCAGGCCAUCCAGGCGCUGGUGCAGGGCGAGGAGGCGGUGGAGGCACAUUGCACUCGGCUCUUCACGAAGGUCAGGUUCCUGUUCCAAGGCUGGAGCCUGCGGAUCGAAGAGAACUUCAAGAACAGCCUGCUGUCCAUCCAGAGGGAGAUCUCGAGAUUCGAGAGGCAGUACCGCGGCCGCGAGCUGCCUGGAUUCGUCAACUACAAGACCUUCGAGAUCAUCGUGCGGGAGCAGAUCAGCGCUCUGGAGGAGCCGGCCGUGGACAUGCUGCAGAAGGCCACAGAUAUCAUCCAACUUGCCUUCGCGGAUGUCGCCAAAAAGAAUUUUGAGGAAUUUCUCUGCCUCUUCAAAGCCAGCAAGGCCAAGAUGGAGGACCUCAAGCAGGAGCUCCUGGAGGAGGCCGAGAGGAUGAUCCGGCUGCACUUCCAGAUGGAGCGCAUGGUGCACUGCCACGACGGCUCGUACCGCGCCGCCCUGCAGAAGGUGCGCCAGGAGGAGGCCGAGGAGGAGGAGAGGAAGAAGAAAGGGGGCACGGUCCAGUCCCAGUCCCAGUCCCAGUCCCAGCCCUCGACCUCCAUGGAGGAGAUCGUCCAGCACCUGCAGGCCUACCACGAGGAGACGAGCCGGCGCCUGUCCACGCACGUCCCGCUGCUGGUGCGGUACUUCAUGCUGCACACGCUGGCGCAGCGGCUGCAGGAGGCCAUGCUGCUGCUGCUGCAGGACCGGGAGGGCUUGGGGCAGCUGCUGCAGGAGCGCUGGGACACGAGCGCCAAGCGCAAGUUCCUCAAGGAGCGGCUGUCCCGGCUCUCGCAGGCGCGGCGACGCCUGGCGCAGUUCGCCGACUAGAUCUGCGCGCGGGCCGGCCUCAGUGUUGGGGCGGCCCCAGGGACAGACGGACAGAAGGGCCCGCCCCUGGCCCCGCCCCGGGCCCGGCCCUGCCACGGUCCCGCCCCGGCCCCGCCUCGGGCCCCGCCCCCGACUGGCCCGCCCGCCCACCGCCUGGCCCCGCCUCCGGAUCCAGGCCCCGCCCCCAGCUCCAGUCUCAGCUUCAAGGUCUCACUGGGGGACAAUGCACACCUGACACACUGGGUUCCUGCAGGCAUGUGUCCCCUCCAGAGGACAGGUGAGGGUCAGGGAGGACACCACAGAAGCCGGGUGACCCCACCCAGGGGCCCUCUCCACGCCCUUCCCGCCACUGCACCCUCUGACGGCCUCUGCAGCCCUGCCCAGGAACCCUAGGAGCUUUUGCGUGCACCAGCAAAACACGACUCCUGACCCCGACCCUGCAGUAAAGGGUCCCCUGCCCCGGCCCCUGCCGUAAAGGGUCCCCUGCCCCGACUCCUCA